AUGGACCCCAGCAAGCCCAGCAGGCCUAAGCCCUCCAGACCCCCGGCGCGGUUGAGGACGAAGACCGGCUGCUACAAGUGCCGGGAACGGCGCAAGAAGUGCGACGAACGGCGGCCGAUCUGCUCGGCCUGUGAGAGACUGCACAUCGACUGUGUAUAUCGCACGCCAUCCACUGCCUCUGGCCUGUCGCCGCCGGCCAGUCACUCCUCUCCUGCGGCUGCGGCUCACUGGCAGUCGCCCGAGUCGAUUGUGGCCAGCCCGAGCGAUGAGAAUGGGAAUGCGAAUGCGAAUGCGAACGCAGAGGCGAUGGCGAUGGCGAUGGUGAUAGCAACACCCCCGAGGCCAUCUCUGCUAUUCCGCCCUGAGGGGCUCCGGACAGAACGCGACUGGAACAUGUUUCAGUAUUGUUCGACAAGGUACCUUCAGUUGUUGAUGGCUCCCGACGCCACGUCUGAAUUUCGAGAUGUGUCAGCCGUGCUCGCCGCCGGCUUUGAGGUCCCUUGGGUCAUGCACGCUGCGCUCGCCCCCGCCGCUCUGCACGCUUCGCACGCUGCGCUGAUCCCCAAAGAGGAUGCCAUCAUCUACACGCAAAGUGCACUGCAAGGUCUUCGGCAAGCUGCGCAGAGUUCGGAAAACCAGCCCAUUUCGAACGAGUCUUUCCUCGCCGCCUCCCUCUUCCUCGGUGUCUUUGAGGAUUUUUACUCCACUCUUUCAAGUCAGAGCCUGACUCAUUAUCGAGCCAUCGCACGAGUACUGGAAGAACAAGCCGCAGACAUUCCUCGUUUCGAACUCGAUCGGCUCUCAGUCUUUCACCGGACACUCCUCGAUUCCGUCCUCUAUCACUUUUCCACCCGGUUGAUCUUCGAGCGUGACAUCGACGACAUCUGCCAAUCGUUCCCUAGCCAGACAGUGGCGAAAUACAUCGAGGCACUGGACGCGGAUCGCAAAGCAGGCCGACAGCAUGCUUCGAUUCUACCUGUCCUGGGGAAAACUCCCCCAGAACUCUUCCUCCUAAUUUACCAAAUUACAUGGCUGAGUAGACAACUGCCGUUUCAUCACGGCCAUAACUACACGCUCGCUCUACAGUGCUUGACUGAGCUGGGUCAUCUUCAGGAUACCUGUUCGAUCUUCAAUAGCAAUGAUGCGGUCGCAAGCCAAUUUGAUCACGACACGAGGGCACGCAACUCCACCGUCGCGGGGAAGCUCUACUUCCUGGCAACCCGGAUAUUCAUUGGGAAAGUGCUUGAUCCCGGCGGUGUAUACAGCGGAUCCCCCGAGAUCCAGAAGCUCGUCGAGGAGGGCCUGGAACUUCUCAGGGUGUUUGACGGAAGUGCACCCUGUGGACAAUUUAUCUGCUGGCCGAUCCUUGUCUUGGGCUGUGCGGCUUGCCCAAUUGCCGCUGCGGAAACGAAACUCAAGCUCCCCCGUGCUCCAGAUCAAACACUACGGCUGGAGAUGCGGGUAUUAAUUCAGAGCCAACUCGUACAGAUCUGGAAGAUUUCUUAUUCCGGCUAUGUGAGACGCACUGCAAGCGCUCUUGAGAAGAUCUGGAAACUUCCCAAACUACUGGCUAAAGUCCCCGGUGGGAGGCGCUCUCGCGAUCCUGAAGUGGAAUAUGAUGGUCUCAUGGCGUUGAUGUCAAAAACUGGAGUAGGAACAGCGUUGCCAUUCCAGGAAGAUGGCUAG